ACUCUGUCACAUUCGACCAUCCACCACUCGCACCCGCCCCACCGUCUAACCUUGUCCUCACGCCAGUGUGUUCUCCGUCCCUCCCGGAAUCCCUUCGGUCAUGCCUGGGGUCACUUCCCACCUCUCGAAGAUUGGGCCCAGACGACUGAGGCUGCCCCAUGCACCAGCUCGUACGAGACCAGCCGCCCGUUCACCUGCGAAUGAGGCUUCAAUCGCAUCUACCUCAAAACCUCGCGAUCGUCCGACGUUUCCAUGUGUCGAAGCACAUGCAGCCCGGGAGUCACGCCUGCGCUCCUCCAGACAGUCGUCAAACCUUGCCGCGUCUUCGCCGCCCACGUCUCGCCCUCCGCCUCCAAACUCGGAGCCAGAACCACCGUAUGAACGGCCAAACCCCAAGUCGUAUAAAAUUUACCACCACUCAAAGCCUCUUCCACUCACCUAUACACCGCCAUUACCUGAGUUUGACAUUGCGUACGAAACCUGGGGAACUCUGUCUCCGGCGAAGGACAACGUCAUCCUCCUGCACACUGGGUUGUCCGCAUCGUCGCAUGCUGCAUCUACGGAUUUGAACCCCUCAGAGGGUUGGUGGGAGAAGUUCAUUGGCCCCGGUCGCGCACUCGAUACGAACCAGUUCUUCAUCAUUUGCACCAACGUCCUGGGAGGUUGCUACGGCUCAACCGGACCUUCGACGAUCGAUCCUACCACUGGCCAGCGGUAUGCGACGCGUUUCCCGAUCCUCUCAAUCUUCGACAUGGUUCGAGCGCAAUUUUGCCUCUUGGAUCACCUUGGGAUCCGUCAGUUGUACGCAAGCGUCGGCAGCUCGAUGGGCGCAAUGCAGAGCCUCGCUGCAGGCUGGCUGUACCCUGAACGUGUUGGAAAGGUGGUGAGCAUCAGCGGUACCGCGCGCAGCAGUCCUAGCGCAAUCGCUAUGCGUUUUGCGCAACGUAGCGUCCUGAUGGCAGACCCCAAUUGGAAUGACGGUUUCUAUUACGAUGGCUUACCGCCGCACACGGGCAUGAAGCUCGCACGGCAGAUUGCGACUAUUACAUACCGGUCAGGCCCUGAAUGGGAUCAGAGAUUUGGGCGUAGGCUGCGACCUCCACCACAAUCCUCGCCAUCAACAGGCACGGAGGACUCGAGUUCACAACGCGUACCAGCGCUCUGUCCCGACUUCUUGAUCGAGACAUAUCUUGACUAUCAGGGCGAAUCGUUCUGUCUCAAAUAUGAUGCCAAUUCGCUCAUUUACAUUUCUAAGGCGAUGGAUGUCUUCGAUUUGACGAGCUCUGCGCUCGCGGAGCUGAAGCUGACUCCUCCGUCGCCACGCUCGUCGACCCCGCCACUUCCGCCCUCAUUAGCUACGCAACCGUCCUCGCCGGCGCACCAGCACUACCACUGGCUUACAUCGCAUUCGAAGUCGCACCCCCCACCGCCCAAUCCUCCGGCUCACUUGCCGGAACUCGCAGAAGGAUUGCGUCCGCUGGCGAACACCCCGACGCUUAUUCUUGGCGUGCAGAGCGACAUAUUGUUCCCGUUGAGCAGCAGCGGGAGGUGGCGGAUGCAUUGCGCAUGACAGGCAAUCAAAUGGUGAGCUAUUACGAGCUCGGCGGUGUGUGGGGCCACGACACAUUCUUGUAAGUGUACUCUUACCUCCGGCAUCCUGUAUUCAGCUGACGAAGUCCUGUAGGCUCGAUGUGCAAAAUGUGGGCGGCGCUAUCCGAGGUUUCCUGUCAUGAGAGUAAUUCCAACACUCAAUGCAUUGCUCCUAUCGCUAUCG